AAACACUUUGAGUAAACACACCGCUCAAUGGAAAGCAUCUGAUAAGACCUGCUGCGUUUCUGGUGGCUCAGUCAGGAGGACUUGGUGCUCCCAUUAGGUCUGCAGCUCCAUCAGGGCCGUCUCACCUCCUCUCCCCGAGGGACCCACCAUGUCCACGACCAUCUGCCAGGUGAUGGGGUUCAUCAUUUCGUCACUGGGUGUUGCGGGGUGCAUGGUGGCCACUGCCAUGGAUAUGUGGAGCACACAGGACUUGUAUGACAACCCGGUCACGGCUGUCUUCCAAUAUCAGGGACUGUGGAGGAGCUGCGUGCGGCAGAGCUCCGGCUUUACAGAGUGCCGGCCAUAUUUCACCAUUCUUGGGCUGCCAGCAAUGUUCCAGGCUGUGAGGGCCCUCAUGAUCGUGGGUAUUGUCCUGGGCAUCCUUGGCCUCCUUGUGUGCAUUUUUGCUCUGAAAUGCAUUCGUAUUGGCAACAUGGAGGAUUCUGCAAAAGCCAGCAUGACUCUGACCUCUGGCAUUAUGUUUAUUGUUGCUGGUCUUUGUGCCAUCACUGGAGUGUCCGUGUUUGCCAAUAUGCUGGUCACAAACUUCUGGAUGUCCACAGCCAACAUGUACCAAGGAAUGUAUCAGAAUGUCCAGAACAGGUAUACCUUUGGCUCAGCCCUCUUUGUUGGCUGGGUGGCAGGUGGUCUGGCCCUCGUAGGAGGCAUCAUGAUGUGCCUGGCUUGCAGAGGGCUGAUUCCAGAAGAAUCCCGUUACAAAGCGGUAUCCUACAAUGCUUCGGGACGGAAUAUCUCCUACAGAACGGGUCCGUAUAAGGUUGCUUCAGGGUAUGAGCCUGAAACAAAGACUAAAAAAGGUGCAGGAUAUGAAGAAGCUGCUCGAAGUGAGGAUGGAAGACGCUCAUACCCUUCAAAAUAUGACUAUGUCUAGUAGACUUUCUGGGCUUGAUUUGCGCUAUAUUUUAUAAAAUAUUUUUAACUUCAGAAGCAAAAAGUACAUGCAAACAAAACAGUUUGUAAAUAGGAUUGUGUUUUCUAUCACAUUUUCACUACUCUGGGGUUUUAUCCUAGCUUGUUAUGACUAUCUGUUUUAUUUGACUGUCUGCUAGUUUGCCUACCACAAGGAGGUCUAUAAAAAAAGUAAUGCCUUUUAAUGUUGUCAGAGUAGAACAGUUUGCUCGUAUUUUAUGUAUAAACUCUGAUAUCUGGUACCAGGAUUAUGCCUUGUGAUCUUUUCUGAUUCUUCUAAUAGGUUAAAAUUCCGAUUUAAUAAUAGCCCAGAUGUAAAAGUGAUGC